AUGCACGAUGAAACUAUGCCAAAAUCUAAUCUGUGGUGCAUCAUUCGACUACGGCGACUCAUCCAUGUAGCAACCGAAACAUCGCCUGAUUUCAUCGUUCAACUAUCGGCACGCCUGGAUAAACAAACCAACAGCAGUGCUAUCGUAUCGAAUAGCAGGAUUUCGGAAGCUUGUUUGGGUCUAGUGCACGAAGAAAGGGCCUUUCCUGUCAUUGAGCGAUUCGUUCGACUUGCACUACCGCAGCAAGGCAUGGUUGAUCCCGCCCAUUUCGAUCCACCUCGGCUGUUGUUGCCUGAUCAGUUAUUGCGUCAUUUAGCAGUGGAUAGCGCUCUGCAUAAACAUGUAAUCGCAUGUUGGUCAAAUGAUCUGAAAUCGAGGCUCCUGUUGAAUUACAAUGAACUGCUGGAUACUGAACUCCUAGAUUUGAUUUCAGAGUUCAUCGAGUCGGAUCAGUACCAAGAUCUCCAUACAAUGCAACACAGUAUCAGCCAACAUCACCUCUUGCAAGUCACCAUCACUUGUCCCAUUUUGAGCAGGAUGUUGGUGACCAAAUUAGCAUCAUACACUGUUUUGCUGUCGAACUGGAAGGUCGUACGCCUCAUGCAGAGUGUAUAUCGUAUUCUGGAGGCAGGGCCAUCAUGCAAGCUAUUUACAGAAUUCAUGCCGCAUCAAUUUGACUCGAUAUCCAGAUUUAUCUACAGCGGGCCAUUGGAUAGCGUUGAAUCUAGGAGAAAUACAGUUUGUGAAGUGGAAUCAGACAUCUGA